UUUCAGCUGAGACUAUUGAAUAAAUUUCAGUAUUUUACAAAUUCAAGUGCGUGUGGAAAUGUAGGUAUACAGCUAACAAAUCAAUGGACAACUGUGCAUUCUGCAAUGCUGAUGGGGAGUUUUUGAUAGUUCCUCAAAAAGGAAGUAAGUGAUGUGGAUUACAACUGAAUGUGGUAGGUUGCAAGUCAAUCCUGGUGAAAUAAUUGUUAUUCCUCAAGGAUUUCGCUUUGCUGUUGAUCUGCCGGAUGGAGAAUCGCGAGGUUAUGUUGGUGAAAUUUUUGGAGCUCAUUUUCAACUCCCUGAUCUUGGGCCAAUAGGUGCAAAUGGUCUUGCUGCUCCAAGGGAUUUUCUUGUUCCAGUGGCAUGGUUUGAUGAUAGCUGCUGUCCAGGUUACACCAUUGUACAAAAAUUAUCAAUACUAGUUUCAUUCCUGGAGUAAAAGUGUUGUGUUUGC